AAAAUUAAAGAAGGCUGCUUUGUUGGUGUUGCUAUACAUAAAGACGGAAAUUUUCUAGGAAUCAUAUUUCAAAUCAAGCGCAUAGUACUUGACAACGAUAAAGUUAUUUACUGUACUUGGAUCGCUCGUGAUCCUGACGAUUUGGGUGAAUACGGCCGAAUGUCAGCCAGCAUGACAUUGGGUUCUAGUUUUAAUAGCUCUCUCUAUGCUACUCCCAUGAAAGAUAUACCAACAAGACCACCAAGCCAAAGUGUUGAAUAUGAAAGUGAAGACGAACCAUGGCACGGAUCUUAUGAUAAGCAUUAUACUACAUUAGAAACAUUAGGUAAAGGCGCAUUCGGAUUCGUACAACUAGCGGAAAGAAAAUCGGAUAAAAAAAGUUGUGUAGUUAAAUUUAUCCAAAAAUCGAAAAUAUUCAAUGAAUCAUGGAUGAAUAUAGAAAAGUAUGGUAAAGUCCCUUUAGAAAUAUACUUUCUUAGUCAACUUAAUCAUCCAAACAUUGUUCGUAUGAUUGACGCAUUCGAAAAUAAAGACUACUUCCAAGUUGUGAUGGAAAAGCAUGGCUCUGGUAUAGACCUUUUUGAAUUUAUAGAAUGUGGGCCAGAUUUCGAUGAAGCCUUAGCAAGUUAUAUUUUUCGCCAAAUUGUUGCAGCCGUUGCUUACUUACAUCAAUUAGACAUCGUCCAUCGUGAUAUUAAAGAUGAAAAUAUCAUCAUUAACGAAAUGUUCCGUGUUAAGUUGAUUGACUUCGGCUCAGCGGCAUUUAUCGAACCUGGUAAAUUAUUUUCCACAUUCUGUGGUACUGUUGAAUAUUGUGCACCGGAGGUUCUAUUAGGAAACAAAUACCCAGGUCCCGAACUAGAUAUAUUUGCCUUAGGUGUCACAUUAUAUACACUGACCUUUGGCGAAAACCCUUACUUAGACCCUGAAGAAACGAUUAAAAGUAAGUUAAAGCCUCCAUUCCAAGUUACUAAAGCUCUAUUUGGAGUUAUAUCUUGGCUAUUACAUCCAAACCCAAAUGAAAGAGCUACCAUUUGGGAUAUAGAAAAAAAUCAAUGGGUUAAUCAACCUAUUAAUAUAACACAUUAUUCAUGGGAUAAAGUCACGCAUCAACAAUUGUUAAUAAACAGAAAGAGCCAGGGUACAGAACAGUUAGAUGAUGCAAAUGAUGGUGAUAGCUGGGACGAUUCUGAUUCAGAAGUACAACUUCACCAUGAAAUGAAAAAAUACUUGGAAGUUAAUAAUGAAGCUAAUAGAUUAAAUUCUACAUUUUAA